CAUCGAGAAGAUUUUGCCUGAAGUGCAAAAAAAAUUCAGAAGUGAUGUCAUUCCAGACUGCUACAUACCAUAUUCUAUGCUCAUAUGGUUUACCAAAGAGAUUUAUAAACGCAUCUGCGGCAUGACGGAGGACAUUCACUUUAUUGAUCAGUACUUCGAUGAGGUUAUGGUCCCUUUUAUUAUGGCUCAUCAACCACGCAAAACCGAUGAUGGUACGUCUUUGUACUCUAACCCCAACGAGCACGACACUGAAAAGUUCGAGCUGUUUCAGUCCCUAAGCGAUAGGGUGAAGAUGGUAAUUCAGGGAAGCUCGAAAGACGAGGUGAGAAAGUUGAUGAGACUAGGGAGACGUCAAGGCAGCGAAAGCAUUACACUUCACCCAAGCUUUUUUGACAAUGCGACAUUCGCAAUGCACCAGUUGGUUAGUCACGCCAUCAAAUCGGGACUGGGCUCGUCUGAACCAAGGCGAAUGUCUUCACAGAAGUCAGUCCGCUGCCUGGUUUUAGAUCUCAAAGCACUUGAAGAUUGCACAUCAGAUCUGGUUCGAGAUUUUUUCAGUGACGAUGUGAAUAAAACACGGCUGUCCCCAACAAAAAGAAUGAGAACCACGCCGCAAGAAAAAAGGGAGAUUAACAGUGCACCGGAGCCUCCAGCCAAAAAGAUAAAAGGAGCUUCAUACCAAAAAAGGAGUAUGGGCCGUGCAAGAAGCUUGGGUUUCAAGCGUCGAUCAAAGCGCCGAUAGUUUCUUUGAACAUUUUACAAAAAUUAAGAGACAAGAUUCUUAUUGUUUGUCUCCUAUUUCCUCAACUUCAUAAGGUGUAAUCUUAUUUACUCAUAUGUUUUCGAUAUUUUGUAAGACCGAACAGUUAAGGCAGAAACAGUAAGAAAGAAAAAAAUACACUUGCRAAAUCAUCAAAGUAUACAUAGCUGAUGUAACAGAUAUUUAGAUGUAACAGAUAUAAAAAUGCCUAGUAUUAUCAUAUAUAAUACAUAAGUGCAACAACCAAAGAAAUACAAUAAUGAUAUUUCAUGAAAAUAAAGAGUCGUCUAUCAUCAUUAUCAAUCUCAUCCGAAUAUCCGGAUUACGCUGCAAUUUUGUAUGGUUAUAAUUGAAAUAAAUAGAUACCGCAUUUGUGAACUC